AUGGGGAUAGCUGCCCUGGGCCUCCUCUGCGCGGUGCUUCUGUUCCCUCUCUUGGUGCUUGGGGUCCCCACCCAGGAGCCCACCUCUGGGGAAGCUGUGGCCUCCGGUCCCCCUGGGUACUGUCGCCGGUGCUGUGACCCUGAGGACUCCCUGACCCCCGCCGACGAAGCAGAUGUGUCCUCAGCCUCUCCAUCUGCCCUCCCGUAUGUGCUGCCUGAGGUCAGGCCCUACAUUAACAUCACCAUCCUGAAGGGUGACAAAGGGGACCGAGGCCUACUGGGCACCCCCGGGAAGCUGGGCAGGGAGGGUCCCCGGGGGGAGCGCGGCCCGCAGGGCACCAAGGGCGCCAAGGGGCAGGCGGGCAGCCCCGGGGGCCCGUGCCGGACGCGCUUCUCCGCCUUUUCCGUGGGCCGCAAGACGGCCCUGCACAGCAGCGAGGGGUUCCAGCCGCUGCUCUUUGACACCGUCUUCGUGAACCCGGACGGCCACUUCGACCUGGCCACCGGCCACUUUGUCGCCCCCCUGCGCGGCCUCUACUUCUUCAGCCUCAACGUGCACAGCUGGAACUUCAAGGAGACAUAUGUGCACGUCGUGCACAACGAGGAGGCGGCCGUCAUCCUGUACGCGCAGCCUAGCGACCGCAGCAUCAUGCAGAGUCAGAGCGUGAUGCUGGCCCUGGGGCCCGGGGACCGCGUCUGGGUGCGGCUUUUCAAGCGCGAGCGGGAGAACGCCGUCUACAGCGACGAUGUCGACACCUACAUCACCUUCAGCGGCCACCUCAUCAAACCCGAGGAGGACUAG